AUGCCAAUUCCUUUUUCUGUAGUACCAUUCAACAAUGAUGAACAUUGUGUUAGUAGAAGAGGGUACAGGCCUCGCAUGAAAUCCGAAUAUCUGAAAUGUCCUUACAUUAUACGGGCUGUUGAUAUCAUCAAAGGAGUUCCACGGCAGGAAACACGUGUAGUAGAAUGGAUAUUCUCACUCCAGGGAGAGCCAAAUGAUAUAGUUUUCCACACUUUGGAUGAGUUUUCUGCUCAGAGGUUUCACAUGGAAAGUUUUUUUCCAACAUGUGAACUAUUUGGCCAUGUCAAUGAUUGUUGGAGUCAAGUGUUGAAUCUUGAUAAAAAAAGUCAACGUAAAGAUAAAUUCAUUGAGAAUCUGGUGCUUUCUAUUGAAGAUAUGGACGCAAGCCUAUGUUUUGUUGGAUUGCUUUUCCUACCAAUCAUCCGUUCCUUCAACAUUUUCCUUUUUGUGAUCAAUCUACAACACCCAGAGUUUGUAAUCAUUGACAAAAACAAAGUUGAUGAUCCUGAUGGUGAGAGAUAUGCUGGGUUCAAGAACGAGUCUUCUGCACAAGAUGAUCAACUUGUUAAACUAAGGACAAAGUAUUUAUACAAAAUCAUCACUCAUGAAUAUAAUGUGAAAAAGGAUUAUGUUCUGCAAAAGGUUGAUGAAUUCCACACGAUUCCUUCAAGACAACGUUCUCAACUGUUGGCCAUUGCAAAGGAAGAAAUUCACAGGAGAUUGGAUGAUUUAAGUUAA